AUGGAUUCGGCUACACGCCAACAGUUAUGGUUGGGAACAUAUGAUACGUCGGAGGAAGCUGCCAUGGUAUAUGAUAAUGUUGCCAUCAAACUCCAUGGGGCUGCUGCUAUUACAAAUUUUGUUUUUCCAACGGUUUUAGAAAACCCACCACCGACGAAUGUUACAUCAAUGUCCGACCAUCAUCCCAACCGAAAGUCACUCAAGCUUCCACUUGCGGAUGCACCAUCUUUGGAUUAUCAAUCAUUUGGUUCAAUACAAAUUGAUGAUGAAGUUGCAUCCUUUAACAUGCAUCAUGAUUUCAGGUCUAUAAACUCGAAACAAUUUGAUGAUUUUGGUAUAGCCCCUAUAGCUUUUGACUUCAUUUCUGAGACUGGAUGUGGAUCUUCCUCAACUUUAAAAAUAGAUAACUACUUUGAAGAUAUUUCAGAUAGAACUUUAGAUUUAUGGUUUUCCUAA